UCCCCAUGAGUUUUUCAGCUGAAUGACGACAGUCUCUUUUAAAACUAGUCCUAAAGAUGCGUGCCAUAUUUCUAAGCUUUGACUCUCUUCUCUUCUGCGAAAACCCUUAACUUCACCGGAUCUUCCAUUUCUCUCCGUCCUUCGUCAAUCCCCAUGACGAUUUAUUCAUCCAAUAACGCAGGUUAUUCAUCCAACAAUCCAGAUGAUUCUGAAAAGGCUAAAAAGGGUUCUUAUUUUGGUUUACCAUCCUUGGAUGUUUCUGUCGCAUUCCCCCAAGCAACUCCGGCAUCCAUAUUUCCUCCCUGUGCUUCAGACUAUUAUCAGUUUGAUGAUCUUCUGACUCCCGAAGAGCAAGCCCUCCGGAUGAAAGUGAGAAAGUGCGUGGAAAAGGAAAUUGCUCCGAUAAUGACAGAGUACUGGGAGAAGGCAGAGUUUCCAUUUCAUGUUGUUCCAAAGCUUGCUGCCCUGCGUAUUGCUGGUGGAACAAUCAAGGGUUAUGGGUGCCCAGGUCUUUCCGUUACUGCAAGUGCUAUUACUACUGCAGAAGUUUCCAGGGUUGAUGCGAGCUGUUCUACUUUCAUUUUGGUCCAUUCUUCUCUGGCAAUGCUUACUAUUGCACUGUGCGGUUCAGAGGCACAAAAGCAGAAAUAUCUACCUUCUUUGGCACAAUUAAACACUAUAGCUUGUUGGGCUUUAACUGAGCCUGACUAUGGAAGUGAUGCAAGUUCUCUGAAAACAACAGCAACAAAGGUGGAAGGAGGUUGGAUACUUGAAGGCCAAAAGCGUUGGAUAGGCAAUAGUACCUUUGCUGAUGUGUUGAUUAUUUUUGCUAGGAAUACGACCACCAAUCAGAUAAAUGGAUACAUCGUAAAGAAGGGUGCCCCUGGGCUAACUGCUACAAAAAUACAAAAUAAAAUUGGUCUACGAAUUGUUCAAAAUGGUGAUAUUCAAUUUAAGAAGGUUUUUGUCCCUGACGAGGACAGACUACCAGGUGUUAAUUCUUUUCAGGAUACGAACAAGGUGCUUGCUGUUUCACGUGUCAUGGUUGCCUGGCAACCUAUAGGCAUUUCAAUGGGAGCCUAUGAUAUGUGUCACAGGUAUCUAAAGGAGAGGAAACAGUUUGGAGCACCCUUGGCAGCUUUCCAGAUCAACCAACAGAAACUUGUUGAAAUGCUGGGUAAUAUUCAAGCGAUGACUCUUGUUGGUUGGCGACUUUGCAAGUUGUAUGAGAAGGGUAAAAUGACUCCAGGUCAUGCCAGCUUGGCAAAGGCAUGGAUCACCUUGAAGGCAAGGGAGACUCUUGCUCUUGGGCGUGAGUUACUAGGUGGCAAUGGAAUCUUGGCUGAUUUUCUAGUUGCAAAGGCAUUCUGCGAUUUGGAGCCAAUCUACACAUAUGAAGGCACCUAUGACAUAAACACCUUGGUGACAGGUAGGGAAAUCACUGGUAUUGCCAGCUUCAAGCCUGCCGCACUGAACCGACGUAGCCGCCUGUAACCUGUAGACUAGUGUCAGCUGAUACAGCUAUCAUGCGGACAGACCAAGAAUAAAUAAAAGAUGGAUGCAAUUUAUCAGUGCUGCUUGUAGAAGUAACCAAAGGAAAUGAAAUAAAAAGGUGUAACAGAUCUUUUACCUAUGGGUAUUAAAUUAUCAGCGAUUCUAUUCAAAUUACUAAAUUUUAUGAAGCAUGGUUGGAUGAUAUAACCAACAUGAGAUGCAGAUUACCUUUCCUGUGGCUUAUUUGUUAAUGAUUAUGCCAACUAACGAGCAUAAGUUUGUGCUUUUUA